AUGGAUCUGACUCUCAGCCUCUCGCGGGGGUUUCACAAUGCUCCCUUACUCUACCAUGAUGAAACUGUCACGCCUGCUCCAACGGUGACCAACUUAUGGACUGGAUUACAGGCUGCCGGCGAGGAGCUCGGAUACGGAGUGAAGGAGGGCUUUCUUAGCGUUUUCCUGCAACCAUGCCAUGGAUGGAGCAAGGAUGGGCUCAAAGGGGCACUCAAGGGUGAGGGCAAGGGCAUUCCUGGUGCUCUACUGAAGCCUCCUGCAGACUUCUGA